ACUCGGAAACCUGCCCUGCUCUUCUCUUCUUCUCUCCCAGCCGCGUUGCCGCGCCGCCUCUCGCUCUCUCAGUCCACCGCCGCGAUGGAGGCUCCGCACGAGGACACGCCCUUCGACCUCGCCUUCCACCCCACCUCACCCCUCGUCGCCACCUCCCUCAUCACCGGCGAGCUCCACCUGUUCCGGUAUGCUGAGGGGUUGCAGCCAGAGAGGUUGUUUGCGGUAAAAACGCACGAGGAGUCAUGUAGGGCUGUUCGCUUCGUGGACUCGGGAACUGUGCUUUUGACGGGAUCAGCUGAUAAAUCAAUUGUUGCUUCCGAUGUAGAAACAGGCAAAUCCAUUGCCCGUUUGGAGGAUGCACAUGCUGAGGGCGUAAACCGCCUUGUCUGCCUUACUGAAACUACAGUGGCUUCAGGUGACGAUGAUGGUUGCAUUAAGGUGUGGGAUACUCGGAAACGAACAAUCUGCAACUCUUUUGAGUGCCAUGAAGAUUACAUAUCAGACAUGAUCUAUGUCUCUGACUCAAAUCAAAUAUUGGCAACAAGUGGUGAUGGGACUUUAUCUGUAAACAGUCUUCGUAGCAACAAAGUAAAGUCACAAUCUGAAUUUUCAGAAGAUGAAUUGCUAUCUUUGGUGGUAAUGAAGAAUGGCCAGAAAGUUGUUUGUGGGACUCCAAGUGGAGCUCUAUUGUUGUAUUCAUGGGGACAUUUUAAGGACUGCAGUGACCGCUUUCUGGGGCACACACAGGCUGUUGAUACGAUGUUGAAGCUGGAUGAAGAAACUCUGAUAUCUGGUUCAUCAGAUGGUGUGAUCAGAUUAGUGGGUAUCUUACCUAAUAAGAUAAUACAGCCACUAGCGGAGCAUUCAGAAUACCCAAUUGAGGCCCUCGCUUUCUCAAACGAUAGGAAGUAUCUAGGCAGCAUUUCACAUGACAAAAUACUGAAGCUCUGGGACAUGGAAGAACUCUUGAGUGGUCCGCAGUUGCAUGACAACGAAUUGGCCGAAGCCAACGUUGCCGAUCAUCACGACGAAGUGGCUGCAGCGAACGGUGACGGCAGCGAUGAUGAUGAGAUGGAUGUGGACGUUGAGCCAAGCGCUUCAAAUGGAUCAAGGAGUAAGAAGAAAGGCAAGGGCAAGAGUUCAAACGGACUCGCACCAGACUUCUUUGCAGAUUUGUAGCUCGCAUGCCGAAACCCAGGAAGCUCACAGGGGGCAAAUUAUCAUUCAAUCCUUGUGUACGUAAUUACUACAGAGCAGUUUUGACCGCCACUGAAGUGUUGAUGGUCUCCAUUCAAGUGCGAGGUUGUUCGUGGUUGAUGUUUCCAUUAGGGAUGUAGGAGUAUUAGUUUUUCUUCCUCUUCUGAAUGGUGGUGUAUGAGUGUUAAGUUAAAAGACGCAUGUACAAUGGCUGCAAAUGACUCUUCUCGAUGCCGGGAGUCUAUUAAGCAUAUGUACCUUCCUGUUCUAUUUUCGCAACAAACUAUGCUUGAUUUCUCGUUA